AAAAAUAGAACUCAAAAAAAAAUCUGAGAUGAUUCAAAGUCUUUUUCAAUUAUCAUCUUUAACAGAUAUAUAUAUACUUCCAUAACAAUAGACUUUGAACCAUGGCAUCUCAGAAUUCAGUGGUGCUAUUGACUCGACUCUUGUCAUUAAAAGAAAAUUCACCUUUAUUAUUGGUAUUGGACUCAUUAGCUCAGUCUUCAUAUCAUCUCAUCCAAGAAUUUGCAUACAAAAGUAAGAAUAAUAUCAUAUAUUUAUCAUUUGAAACUUUGAACAAGCCAGCAUAUGCUAAUGAAUUCCUUGAUUGCAGUGUUAUUAGUACAGCUGAAAUCACUAAGUUUAUAAAACUGAAAACAACCCCACAAACUACAUCAUCUACAGCACAGGGAAAGCAUUUGAUUAUUAUAGAUUCUUUCAAUUACAUCCCUAGUACAGAUAUUACCAACUUCAUAGCCAGUAUAAGUGAGCCAAGUAUCACUAUAGUAGGAACAUUCCAUAUAAAUUGUCCUCAACCCCAUAAUACAAGUUCAUAUUAUCCAUCUGCAUUAUCAUUACUUUCAUUCAUAGCCAGUUCUAUUUUUGAAGUAGAAGCAUUCCAUGAACAUUCAAUAGGAGAAGAACAACUUUCUAAUAGGAUACGUAAGUUAGAUAUUCCAAUUUCUAGUGCUUUGAAUUCUGAUGUGUUUAAACUUACACUUACUAAUAGAAGAAAAUCAGGUAGAUCAUUAAUUUAUACAUAUAAGGUUGAUUGUAAGAAUCAUGUUUAUGAAGUUCAUAAAAGUAAUCAAGCUGAAGAGAUUGAUCCAGAAGAUGAAAGUUUAUUAAAGGACUUGACAACGUUUAAUUUAACAACUAGUAAUAAACAAAAGUUGGCUAGAGAACAAGUUGAACUUCCAUAUAUGGAAGCUCAAGAAGCAUUAGGAUCAUCUGGUGGGGCUAUUGUAUAUGAGUUUGAGAAAGAUGAUGAUUACGAUGAAGAAGAUCCUUAUGAAGAUCCCUUCUAGAUAAAAUUCUGUAUAAAUAAUCUGAAUAAAUAUUCUAUG